AUGCAACAACGAAUAGAUAGAUGGCUCCUUUGGCCGUUCAUAGCACAAUUACUCUUCCUACAACCAAUUACCUCACAACCACCUCAAUUUGCACCGGUCGAUUCAGCAGGCGUGAAUCCGACCCAAAUCUGGCUUCCAGAGAAGUCACCAUUAGAUCUGAAAUGUCCUGUAACUUCGAAAGUAACUCAAGUUCAGUGGUAUAAGGAUGGCAAGAAAAUCCUGGGAGAGUCAGCUUCAUUCUUUGAUCUGACCUCGAUCUUCAGAGAGGAUUCUGGAAUCUACCAAUGCUUGGCUUCGAAUCCAAAAGGAGCGGCCUUUUCCUGGGGAAUGAAUGUCACCGUGGGCUACAUUGAUGGGUUCGAUGCUACUACGGAGACUUCGGAAUGGUUGGUUAAGGACCUGAAAAGCUUCGUCAUUAGGCCACCUACUAUCAAGGCUAGCCCAAAUUCAGGACUAAGUUGGAGGUGGUUUGUUGAUGAUGAAGAGGUAAGUUAAAAUCAUUUGUUUAAAGUUUAUUCAAAUAAUUCUGUGCCCCAAACCUCAAAAUUUGCUUUGAGAGGGGGCACAGAAUUAUUUGAACAACAUAAUAUUUAAAAAACUUAAAUAAAAUUUUUUGAAUAAAUUUUUAAAACCACAAACCUUCAGAUCUUCACUAACGACAACUACUACAUUACCUCAACCGGCGUCCUCGUAGCCAUCAACCCCAAGCACAACAUGUUCAACUACCGAGUUCAAGUCCGCGACUUCAACUCUCGUAUAUACCUCCACUCUUACAUAGUAAAACCCGAUCCAACCUCGUUGGUCAGAGAAUCUAAACUCCAAAUCCUGUACGGUCCCUCAGAUCAAGUCUUGAUCGCUGGCCGUGCCAAGCCAGUCUCUUUAAGAUCAACUGGACCUGACCUCCUAGAAUCUGCCGUUUUCGAGUGUGUACCAUCGUAUCUUGGUAUUCUACCACCGGAAAUCAAAUGGUAUAUUGAUAACGAUGAAGUUGUACAGGAAGUAAAUGGAAUUCACAUUGAAAAGUCGGGCAGACGGCUGGUUAUCUACCCCAAUUCACAAUUUUUCGGCCCAAAAUCUCACUCGGCUCAGGUGAAAUGUGAAGUCAAAAGCGGAGAUGAUGUAUAUACAGAGUAUGCUUCUGCUAAAUUGACUUAUCUUGAAGCUCCCAAGGUGGAUUUAGGUCAGGUUCCGGAAAAUCGACCAGUUUUGCGAGGAGAAAACGUCAGAUUGAGUUGUCCGACCGAAAAAGGAUGGCCGAGACCAAAGGUCAUUUGGUAUCAUAAUGGACAGUUGGUAUGUUGAUCUGAAAUUAAAAAAAAAUAAAAAAAAAUAUCUGAAACUUACGCCUCAUCUCAUUUUUACCUUAUUUUUCCCAAUUUUACAUAAAAAGUCUUCCUGCAGCCUGCGCAGCGUGGGCGCAAUUCGCUUUUACCAGUAAAUCUGGUUUUCUUUGAAAAAAUUGUAAAAUUUGGGAGUUUUUGGCGAAAAUCCCUACUAAAAUGGAUACAAAAUUUACCUUUUCUAUCUAAACUAUCUUUAGAUAUUUGUUUUGUAUUAUUAAUUUACGAAUUACAGGUGGAAAACGCUCCAAACGUGCUCAAACUCUCAAAAAUCACGGAAACCGACUAUGGUGUAUAUCAAUGUUCAGUUAGAAACGUCGCCGGAACUGAUUUGGCUACUAUUUAUGUUCAUGAACCUGGUAAGAAACGAAAUUUUAAAAAUAUUUGAAGUUUUGUUUUUGUCACCUAAAAUUUUGUUUUGGGACGAUAUUUGGAGUUUAGGUAACAACCAAGUUUACAAUUGGGAUGUUAGACAUCAUAAGGUUAAAUUGAAGCUUUUUAAGGUAUUAAAGUGGUUUUAAAGGUAAAAAAAAAAUAAUUUUUCAACUUUUAGACGACAAAAUGUUUGUUCGCGCAGCCGAUGACAUGCCCAAAUUUGAUUUUCAAGAAAAACCAGAUGAUGUUUUUACAAAACCUGGCAAGAACGUCAUCUUCACAUGUAAAACAACAGAUCCACACAACAAUCGAAUUACCUGGAGGUUUAAUGAUGAAGCUUUGUUGAUGGAAAACCCUCGAAUCAAUACCAAUUUGAGCUCCUUGGUGAUUCAGAAUACCCAAAAAGAGGAUUCUGGAGUCUACACUUGCGUCGCUACGAAUCCACAAGGUCAAGUCAUACGAGCAUCAGCUAAUUUGGAUGUUACUGGCUCUCAGCUGGUUGAAUUGGGACCUUCUAAUCAGUCGCUUUUGAUCGGGACCAAUGUUCAGAUGCCUUGUAGGAUAUCGGAAGAAGCUUUGGCUAGAGGAAAGGCAGAAACAAGGUGGUCGAAAAAUGUAAGUCUUUGAAAGAUAAGAUAAUGGGGCAUCUUUUUGGCUAAAUCUGUCAUUUUGGUUCUACUAUAACAUUUAAAAAUCUUCGAAAAUUAUAAAUUUUUAACUUUUUUUGAUGUUUUAGUCUUUUUUACUGUUUUCACGCUGAUUACCUUCGUAAAACUUAAUGAAAUUGUACUGCUUUUUGAAACAUUACAACGUAAAACGUAAUUAAAUUGUAAUAUCUUUAACUUUACGUAUUUUACUUGACCUCUAUGUCAAUAUAAGCCUCAUAAAACUGCUUCUGUUGUCAUAUAAAAGAAAAUUAAAGGCCUUUGCUGGCCGGAAAUGUCAAGAAUGCGCGACUUUGGGCCUGCGUCAUGACCUUUUCGUGAUGUUUUAGAUCCCUCUUCACUUUUAGAGGUCUUUGUCAUAUUGUUUUAGAGGCUUUUGGCUUGUCAAAAUGGUGAUUUUUGAUAAGACAGAGAAUUUAUUGAAGAAAGUAUUAGAAUAACUGCUACAAAAAAUCUUGAAAAAUCUAUUGAAAUGUCUUUUUGAGGGUUAUCCUUGUCUUCCUUUUGCAAAUUUUAUCCUUCUUUCCUCCUCCUCUCCUUUUUUUUCCAAAAUGUCAUGCCAAAGUCAACAUUGCCCUGAAAUCCGUCUUUCAAUAGCCAAUGUCCAUUCAUCUUGGCCUUUCAUUUUGAUGAGAAUUUCAAAUUAAAACAAACGCAAACAUUUAAUUUGGCCAAUGUUUAGGGCCAAUUAAUACCGAAUUCGGGGGACCCAAUGCGCCGGGUCACUAUCGACGACCAAGGCCAACUCAACAUCAACCAGGUCGGACCGGACAAUAUUGGGUUGUACAAGUGUACUGUAACAAGUGGAAUGGAGGAGGAGAGUGUGGAGGCCUAUCUUCAGAUCAUACGUAAUAUUUUGGGGUUGAAAAUGAAAAAUGGAGAUAUAAUUAUGAAAAAUGGCAUAAAAAGCAUGAAAAUAUGAAAAAAAAUGUUACACUAGAGCUGUCAUAGCUCUGCCUGAUUUAAAAAGGUUACACGAGGGCUAUUUAGCUAUACCUUAUAUUAAAAGGUUACGCUGAAGCUACUCUAGCUUUACCUUAUCUAAAAAGGUUACCUUGGUUUUACCAGCAUCAAUAUAGUUUUACUAAACCCUUUUUAUACCAAGAUUUCAAAAAAAUUUUAAAUUUAAAAAUUCAAAAAAAUAAAAAAAAAACCUUUUUCAAUUACAGAGCGACCUGGAAUGCCAGUAAAUGUCCAAGCCCACCUUAUAAACGACACCUUACCUGCUAAAAUACGCGUUUCAUGGCAGCCGGGCUUUGAUGGUAACUCCCCAAUCAUCAAACACGCUAUUGAAAUGCGAUCCUUUGGCAGUUCCGGCCUUUGGAACGAUUGGGAAACAGUGGUAGACAAUGUGAACACCGAAUCUUGUUGUUCAGUGUUCAUCGACAACAUACGACCAUCUUCAACAACCGAGUUUCGUGUGGUUGCCUACAACGUUCAUGGACAUGGCAAACCCUCGUUAUCAUCCAUGAACAUUACCAUGCCUCAAUCACCACCAGCCGCUAGUCCACGAUCUGUGGCGGCCAGUCCGAGGUCUUCGAAUUCAGUGAUGGUACAAUGGCAUCCACCUCCGGCUGAUCAGUGGAAUGGAGAUAUAUUGGGGUACAACAUUAGGUAUAGGCUGGCUGGAUACAAUUUGCAAUGGCAGGAGAAGAACCUGAGCAAGCCUGAUGCUAGGAAUGAUUUGCUGGAGAAUUUGAUCACUUGGCAGUUGUAUGAAGUUCAAGUGGCGGCUUAUAACAAUAGAGGGCUGGGGGUUUACAGCAAACCUAUUGAGGUUCAGUCGUUGGAAGGAAGUAAGUUUUAAAUGAAUUACUGUAUAUAACCAAGUCAUUUUACAUUAUAAGUUAAAUAUUUAAGUUUCUCAUAUAAUGUUUGGCACUUCUAUUAAUAUAAAAACAUAUUUUAGCUCCAAUGGAAUCACCACACAAUGUUCAGGUAUCAGUUCAGAGUUCGACCGAAGUUUUGGUUGAAUUUGAUCCGGUAGAUCAACAAAUGAUACCUGGAGUCAACCAGGGUUACAAGGUAAUAGUUUAUACUCACUUGUGGGCCAUUUGCAAUUUUAAACAAUUUUAGCAUGACUUUUUUGUGAGUAAAAUUACGAAAAAAAAGGAUUUUUAGGGAAUUUUUCACUUUUUCUAAAUAAAAAGCUGUUUAAAUGGGGAAACAAGUAUUGAAAGCUAACUUUCAUGAUUAUAUGUUAUUUAGAAAGUAUUUAAAAUCUAAUUUUAAAAUGCAUGAGUUAGUCAGUCGUAUUUUACAUCUAAAUUUCCAGAUUGAAUUCUGGAAAGACAAAGUUGGAGGCAAAAAGUAUCGUACGGUGCAAGUGAAUCCAGAUCAAAGCCGUCUUCGUGCCAAUAUAAAUGAAUUGGAAAAGUUUGGUCAUUACAAUGUUACAGUACUCUGUUUCACAAGUGCUGGAGAUGGUCCUCGAAGUGAUGCGAUUGAAGUUGUGACAGAAGAAGACGUUCCAGGACCUGUGCCUUCAGUUUCGUUUGAUCAAGUCCAGUUUAGUUCAGUCGUUGUCCAAUGGGAAGCUCCGGUCGAGCCUAAUGGGGUUCUUAUCAGUAAGUUAAUAUCUAUGGUCUAAGGGUAAAAAAUUUUGUUUUUUGCUGAAACUAUUCUUUUUUAUAGGUUACUGUAACUUUUUUAAGUAUACUCACUAAAAAUUAUAUUAUUCAUUCUCACAACAAUAAUCAUUUAGAAUACAUUCUCCGCCACUGGGAAACCACAAAGCCAGAUGACAAGCAUGCGAUCGAAGUCACGGCUGACCAAAGCAACAUCACCGUGGAAGGCUUAAAGGCUUCUACUCAAUAUUCCGUAGAUAUUCAAGCCCUAACUAAAGUUGGCGCUUCACCUCGAACUGAAGCCAAAUUUGAAUCCGGAGUACCACCAGAGCUGCCAGGACGUCCAUCUUCACUCACAGUAUCUGAUGUUGGUCCGAGAAGUGCUGUACUUCAAUUCAUACCAGGCUUUGAUGGUCAUUCUUAUAUCAAAAAGUGGAUAGUCGAAGCCAAAGUCGGAACUUCUACCGUAUUCUCACAGAUCUUCAACAUCAGUUCGCCAAAAGCGAGAAGUUUCACCGUGACAAAGCUUCGGCCCUUUACGAAAUAUCAAUUUAGAUUGAUUGCGGAGAACAUCCGAGGUCGUGGAGCUCCAUCCGAACCCAGCAGAUUCUUUGAAACACAGGCUACGGAACCAGAAGGUCCCCCGGAGAAAGUGUACGCUGAGCCGGUAGCGGACGAUCGGAUUCAGAUCGUGUGGACACCGUUAUUGCCAACUCAUUGGAACGGCGAACCAAGAGGUUAUGUCAUCAGCUACAGAGCGAUGAAGCCAACGAAGUUGGGCGGGAAGAGUGGAGAGAGCAGGCUACAGAUGGCUAACGAUAGAAUACAGAAUCCUUCAAGUAAUGCGAACGAUGAAUGGAAUAUCGUACGCACGGUAAACCACAAAGCCGGGGAGAUCACCCUACUCAACUUGGAACCUUUCACAACAUAUCAAAUCAAAAUGGCAUCAAAAAACUCGUUCGGCUCAAGCGAAACAUCCUCAACCAUCACAGUCACAACAUACGAAGCCACUCCUUCAGAAGGCCCAGAGGGCGUGUUGGUCGAUCUUCAUCAAAGCACGGUCAGAAUCCAAUGGGAUGAUGUGACACUGGAAAGCCGAAACGGCAUACUGGAAGGAUAUCACGUUAGACUAGUCCCUGAGGACCAAAAGCUUCGUUUACAGUACAGUAAAGAUGCCUACGUACCUAGUGCUGAUACCAAGGUGACAUACUUCCAAACAAGAGAUCUACGACCAUUCACGGCUUACAGAGUAUUCGUAUCGGCUUACAAUUUGGUUGGAGAAGGUCCAUCUUCCACCGAAAGUCCACUGAUUCAUACCCCAGCUGACGUACCAGAAGCACCAAUCAGCGUCAAGUUCAGUAAGGUGAGCAACAACAGCUUGAUCAUGAACUGGGAAGCCCCCCUCAACCCAAAUGGCAUCAUUACCAACUAUGUCCUCAGGCAUUGGAAAGCCAUCAAAGGAGAGGAGAGUGCCGUAUCGACAGUACUACCUCACAGUAUCUACCAGUUCUCGGCCGCUAGCCUCACCCCUAAUACGAACUACAUCUUUGGCAUCAAAGCUCAGUCUGAAGUUGGAGUAAGCAAAGAGGUACAGCUGAGUGUGAUAACGACCGAUAGGGACCUACCAUUGCCUACACCCAAAUCACCUGUAGUUAAAAUGUCAGAUGCUGCCAGUUCUGAUGCCUUAUGGUGGUAUUUGACGAUACCAGAGGGAGAAGGCCAAGUGAGGGAGGUGGAAGUCGAGUAUCAGAGGAAGAAUCAGGAUUUGUGGGUGAGGAUGAAGAGGAAUGUGUUGGCUUCUGAGAACAAGUUCAAGUUGAAUGAGUAAGGAUUUUGAUAUUGUUUUAGUUAAAGGUUUAUUUAUGUUAGCGUAUUUUACUCUACUGUUUCAUAACAUCCUAUCUUAACAUGGCCUACACUGCCUUCCUCUACCCUUAUUAACCUUGUCUACCUUAUCCUAUCACAUAAUCUUACCCAUCUUCAGCCUCAUCCCAAACAUGGAAUACCGAACCCGAGUCCGCUACGUCGGCGACAAAGCUACAACAACAUGGUCAUCCGAAUCCGACUGGUCGAAAACUCAAGGUGCUCCACCAAAAUCAGGACCACUGAAUGUUAAAGCCAAACCUUAUGAAUCCUCCUCGAUCCUAUUGGAAUGGACUCCAAUCGACGAGCUGGAAUGGAAUGCAGAUCAAAUUGGAUAUAAGAUAUUGUACAGGGUAUAUCAGAGCAAUAACACCUUCCUGAGUGAGACGCUGCCUUUGGUGGAGAGGAAUUCGGACGAUGGUGUGGUUAGACAUGUUAUUCACAAGUUGGCUAGGUGAGUUUGGUGGGGACGAUGGUAAAAUAAUUCAAAUUUUCGUUAUAAUUUUUUGACAUUUCGUUAUCGGAAAAAUAAAAGUUGGUUUUAACGAUAACAGAAUCUUACUAUAAAACAAUACACCUAAAAUAAUCACAAUUCCUUUCAGUUUCCACCACUACAUAGUCCAAGUGCAAAGCUACAACAAGUUCGGCACCUCCCAACCCUCGAAACCUCCAGCCUUUGUCUAUGUCGGCUACUCGAUCCCAAAACAAGACAUCAAAGACCUAAAAGCCGACCCAACUUCAAGCACAUCGAUGGAAAUUCAAUGGAGACCGUGGGAGAACAGCGACGACGAUGUCAUCUCCGGCUACCGUGUACGGUACGCUCCUAUCGUCAGCUCAAUGUCGGCCGAAGUGGCAGAAGAAGCGGAAGGCGGAGAGAAUCUGGAGGAGAUCAUUGUCACCGAGAACAAUAGUGUCUUACUGACAGAUUUGAGGAAAUACACCGAGUAUCAGAUCUCUGUAGCCGGCUACAACCGUGCAGGCGACGGUCAGUCGGCUAUAGUACGUACACGAACUUUGGAAGACACUCCAGGAGCUGUUGGUGAACUAGAAUUCAGCGAUAUUCUCCUAGAUUCAGUCAACGUCUCGUGGACUCCACCUCAACAAUCCAACGGACGUAUCAUCGGCUACUCUGUAACCUACCGUACCUACAAAUUCUCCGAAGACUUCCGCAAAGAAAUUCAAGAAAAAACAACCCUACCGUACCUGCUAGCCAGUAGUUUGGAGGAGAAUACGACCUACUCAUUCACGGUACAAGCUAGAACAUCAGUUGGACUGGGAGUACCAGUAUCUAGUAAUGUGACCAUUGGCUACAAUCGAGGUGCUCCAGGUGCACCAACCAAGCCGAUUGUCUUGCCAGAACAGUCCAGUUUCUUGAUGAAGUGGACUGAUGGACCGGCUGGUAAUACCCCAAUCAAAGGCUAUGUUAUACAAGCUAAACGGAUUGGCGUAGCUUAUGAUGAAGUUAAUAACACACAAUCUACUACAGCUAGACGGAAGAGGCAGUUUGAGGAUUUGAAUAAGAGCUUCACUGUUAAAGAUGAUAACGAUUCAAGAACGAAACGAGCACUAAUAGACACUGAUCCUUAUCGUCCUCAACAUCAGAUCGGCGAAUGGGUAACGAUAUCGAAUGUGCUGGGGAAAGACAACGAAUACCGUGUUAGCUACAGACAACUAGAGCCUAGUAGCUUCUACGUUUUCCGGUUAUUCGCCAGAAACAACUUGGGCAUCGGAUUGCCUUCAGAAGCUUCAGAUCAACUUCAUGUGCCAGGUAAGACAAGGUUAAUAUGAUUCUGAAUGUUUUUUGGCUUUUGAAGAGGUUAAAUUAUGUUUUUCGGAUUCUGAAGUUAAAAUAUAGUGCAGGGAAGGUAUUUUUGACGGCUGAAACACUAUGCCAAUUUUGGGGGGAAAACGUAAAUUUAAAAUUUUGAGCUGAUAAUACAGGCUUAUAAGUGAAGUAUAAUUAAAAGAAGUCUAAAACUGGUAUUUUAACUACCUGAAGUCCAGUAAAAAUCUAAAUAAUAUUGUUUUAGCCUCAAUUCCGGACGACCCCAUCUACACCCAAACCUGGUUCUUAAUAGUCGUGGCUUUAGUCAUAGUAAUCAUUGUCAUGUUCUUCAUUGGCCUUUUAUGUUUGGUCAACUCAAGUUCGGGCAAAAAGGAGGAAAAACCAGACAUGUAUGAUACUCAUCAGCUUGCCGAUGGCUUUGUGGUCUCUUAUGCUCCACAAAAUAAAAGCAAAAGGUACGGUUUUAUAUUAUUAUAGUAGUAACAGGUUCGAAAUUUGAAAAAAAUGAUAGAUCAAAGAAGAAAAUGGAGUUUAAAAUGAAAAAAAUGCACUAAAUGCUAAAGACCUUCAUGAAAAAGUGACAAAAACGUAAAUGUUAGGCCUAAUUUUACAUUUUUUAAUACUAAAAACCAUUAAUCCUUCAAUUUUCAGCCCAGAAGAUCGUCCCCAAACCCACACCUCCUGGUUAUCCAACGAGAAUCUUCGAAACAACGAGGCCCCUUACGGCUCGCUAGCUUCUGGCCUCAAUAACCGCCAAAAUCUGUACGGAUCCAACAGCGUUUACCACGCCCUAGCCACCGACACCGUGCCAGAAGUCCACCGUAACAGUAAACCCAUAAAAGCCGUGAAUCCGUACGCUUCUAAGUCUCAACUCAACAUCUCUCCUCGAGCCAACAAUUACUGGGCCAAACCACCGGUUCAGGUGGAUAUUGGACCGUAUGGGACCAGGGUUUUGAACGAAGAUCCCAUCGCCAUUGACGCGACAGAUGAUGCCGAAGUUCAAGCUGAGAAGUCGUUCGCCGGACAUUACCAAAGUAAUCCACAGGAAGAAAACUACCGAGCGACGUGGAAGCGGGGAAGAGAUGCCGAGAGGCAGAGAAUGCAAAGUGGGCAGAGGUUUGCUACUAACAGUCAUUCGCCAGUGUACCUUUUGCCAAAUAGGCCGGAUUCAGAGGCUACGAAUGAUACUGGGCAUAGCGGUAAGUUUUCUAAUUUUUUUGUGCGGGGUAUUUGGGGGAGGGGGGGGACAAUUUUUUUCAAUUUUUACCGUAGGUCUACGAAAAUAGCAAGUGUCACUUUUACUAAAAAAAAUUUGGGGGGGGGGUGAAUUUAAAUUUUUUUCCAAAAUUAAUCCUCCCCUCCCCACCACCCUUGGUCAUGACUUAAAAUCCUUCAGCUAAAACUAUAAAUCAUGUAAAACCCAAUACUUCAGGUUCCGACGACCGCAACCCCUCCUCACUGAACAGUAACCGCGACUACGACGUGGGCGGUAUCAACCUUCGCUCCGACUUCACCUCACCCAAACAUCAAACCUUCAAUCCAAACGGAUUGUCGUCUUUCGUUUAA